AUGGACACCCGCCGCCGGCCACCUAAACCCCCAAGCACCACCUCUUCUCACGAAGGUGGUCCUCACUAUCUCCAACGAAAACGACUUCCUCCUUCUGUCGACAAUCGCUCCCCAUCACCGACACCAAAAGCAUCGGACGCGCUUCCGCUACCUCUAUACCUAACAAAUGCCAUUUUCUUCACGCUUUUCUUUUCCGUAGCCUACUACCUCCUCCACCGGUGGCGUGAGAAGAUCCGGAACUCUACGCCACUCCAUGUCGUUACUCUUUCCGAAAUAGCCGCCAUUGUUUCCUUAAUGGCUUCCUUUAUCUACCUUCUAGGAUUUUUUGGAAUCGAUUUCGUCCAAUCAUUUAUCACGCGCUCUUCCCAUGACGCGUGGGAGUUGGAAGAUACGGAUAAUUCUAACUUCCUAAUCGAAGAUCACCGUCUUGUUACUUGCCCUCCUCCCGUAAAUAUCGCUCCCAUUCCCAAAUUACCCAAUCCUGAGCCAAUAAUUACACCUUUAGCCUCCGUAGAAGAUGAAGAAAUCGUUAAAUCUGUUACAGAAGGAACACUGCCUUCUUAUUCGCUUGAAACAAAGCUCGGUGAUUGUAAACGAGCGGCUGUGAUUCGACGGGAGGCGUUACAAAGGACAACAGGGAGGUCUCUAGAGGGUUUACCUGUUGAAGGAUUUGAUUAUGAUUCAAUUUUGGGACAGUGCUGCGAAAUGCCGGUGGGUUACGUACAGAUUCCGGUGGGGAUUGCCGGCCCUUUGUUGCUGAACGGGGAGGAGUAUAUGGUCCCUAUGGCGACGACUGAGGGUUGUUUGGUUGCGAGUACGAACAGAGGGUGUAAGGCGAUUUACGCCUCCGGUGGGGCUACUGCUGUGUUGCUGGGAGAUGGAAUGACUAGAGCUCCUGUUGUUAGAUUCGGGACAGCGAAACGAGCAUCGGAAUUGAAGUUCUUCUUGGAGGAUCCUGAUAAUUUUGAUACUUUGUCCAUUGUUUUUAAUAGGUCAAGUAGGUUUGCGAGGCUUCAAGGAUUUCAAUGCGCUAUGGCUGGGAAGAAUCUUUAUAUAAGAUUUAAAUGCGGUACUGGGGAUGCAAUGGGGAUGAACAUGGUCUCUAAAGCGGUUCAGAAUGUGCUUGAUUUCCUCCAUAGUGAUUUCCCUGACAUGGAAGUUGUGGGCAUCACUGGUAAUUAUUGUUCGGACAAGAAACCUGCGGCUGUAAACUGGAUUGAAGGCCGUGGAAAAUCGCUUGUUUGUGAGGCAAUUAUCAAGGAAGAGAUAGUAAAGAAGGUGCUGAAAACAAGUGUUGCCUCCCUUGUGGAGCUUAACAUGCUAAAGAAUCUCGCUGGUUCUGCUGUUGCCGGUGCUCUUGGUGGAUUUAAUGCCCAUGCCAGCAAUAUUGUCUCUGCAGUCUUCAUAGCCACUGGCCAGGAUCCAGCACAGAAUGUUGAGAGUUCUCAGUGCAUUACCAUGAUGGAAGCUGUCAAUGAUGGAAAGGAUCUUCACGUCUCUGUGAAUAUGCCUAGCAUUGAGGUGGGUACAGUUGGAGGUGGAACUCAGCUUGCAUCUCAGUCUGCUUGCCUGAAUUUACUAGGUGUGAAGGGUGCGAGCAAAGAGUCACCUGGCUCGAACUCAAGACUCCUCGCCAACAUUGUGGCUGGUUCAGUUUUAGCCGGGGAGUUGUCUCUGAUGGCUGCCAUUGCACAAGGGCAGCUUGUCAAGAGUCACAUGAAAUACAACAGAUCCAGCAAAGAUAUAUCCAACGCUGCAUCUUAG